UAUUUUAUUUCAAUCAGGACGUAAAAAUAUUAAUAUAAAAAACUGCUGGUAGUAGAAGCUUAGGCAGACUAGGACCACAAGUAGUCUGCCACUGGAAGUGAAAAGAUAAGGAAAUUAAAUCCGGGAAAGAAAGACCAUUUUUUUUCUUCUGUUCUUUGGAUUGUAAAGCAGCAGGAGAAUGCUAAGUUAUAAUAGCCCAAGUCCGGGAAUCCUUGAAAGAAGCUCAACAUAUCUUGGAGUCGUCAACUGCAUUAAUAUCAAGAAUUACAGUUGUAGUAUAAUAAUGUACAAGAAGAAGAAGAAGAAGAACACAAUUAAGAGCAGUGGUCUCCGUCUUCUUGGGAGCUGUAGCCUGGCAGUAACUGGGUUGCUUGCUGCUGCUGUUGUGAUAACUUCAGGAGCAGGAGCAGGAGCAGGAGCAAUUGAAGCACCCCCAGAAGCAGAGACUCUGUCGAAUAUACCGCAGACACUUUCAGGUGAGUGUGUUUCGCCCGAGGAUUGCAAGAGAGCGAGGAUACAAAGGCCCAAGUCAAGGAAAGCAGAGUCUUGCACAAUCAAGUGUGUCACCACUUGCAUCCGGGGUGGUGAUGGCUCUCCAGGUGAAGGUCCUCUUAAUCUCAGAAGACCUCUAGUUGUUUUCAAGCAAGGGUUUCGAAGCCGUCAGUACUGUUUGGUGGAGUGUUCAGAUAUUUGUAAUUUGAUUGGAGAUGGUGAUGAUGGGCCUUAAGUUUAAGUUGUUGUACAUGAUGUCAUUUUUCCUUGUUAAUUAAUUAAGAACAAAUAGAGGCUUUUUUUUAAUUUGCUUUACAACAAUAUUGUUCCUAUAGAUUGCUUUAAUUUUGCUUGCAUGAUUUAUUCCCAAA